AUGCAGUCAAGUACCUUAUCCGCCUUUAACGACUCGCUCUGCUCGUCGUUGGUGCACGACGCGCCGGACUGGACAGUGCCAACAUGUUCGAUCAUCAACGGCUUCGAUCUCGACCAGCUUAUGACCUUUGACACUGAUUUUAAGGACGCAACUUCCGUGCCUGAUGGCUUCGGCACCGGCAACGGGAGAGUGUCACUUGAUCCGUUGGAUCCGCCUUCCUUGCAAGCUGAGGCCGAGGAUACAGGACCGUCGUCGAUUAGAGUGUCGACCGCCUUCGCUUUCGAUGCGCCUGACGCGGAAGGCAAUACGCCGGACUUCGACCUAAUCACAAGUGAUGGCGUACACUUUGCCGUGAACGCAGCGGCGCUUCGCGCACACUCGUUUGGCGACUUCGGCGGCAUACUAGCGUCCACGAACUCGAUGGCAAACGUGCCGCUGUCCGCGGCCGUUCUCAACCUGCUAUUACAUGCCAUCUACAACCUAUCAGUUGUGAAGUACGCGCCUUCUCUUGAAGAUCUCGCUGCCUCGGUGAUCGCGCUUGAGCAGUAUGGACUCUCCAAGACGGCUCUUGUACAACCUCCCGAUUCUCCACUAUCUGUGGCAAUCCUUCAUUGUGCACCAUCGCGGCCGUUCCAGUGCUACUCGCUAGCCGCCCAUGAAGGUCUCGAAACGCUUGCCAUCGCUACCUCCUCUCACACACUCGGCGUCUCGCUCGCAGAGAUAUCUGAUGCCGACGCAGAGUACAUGGGCCCGCUCCAUCUCAAACGCCUCUUCUUCCUCCAUCUAGGCCGCAUAGACGCCCUCAAGCGUAUUCUCAGUACCCGGCCGUCGCCACAUCAAAACACAGAGGACUGCAACGGCCUCGCAAAUCGAGCAUCUUACGAGGCCUGGACUAAAAUAAUCGGCGAGAUCGUCUGGGAUGCCUGUCCUAAUAUCUCACCUAUAACAUUGGAAGUGCGACUGCUCGAUGUCGGCAAGAUGCUUAAGUGCCAUGAGUGCUUAUCGCAGCUGGAUCAUCGCAUCAAUAAUCUGGUUGCAGAAUGGUCCCUCGUGAAGACUACGAUCUGA